GACCAAAUGUCAAAACAUUUGUAGCUCCGAGCAACUUUGUUUUUAGACAGCAAAAUAUUAUUGCCUCGUUUUGCAUUGUUUAUUUUCACCCAACUCGUGGUUUGUUUACUGCACACAAGACCUUGAGCUUGUCGACUAUGCUCUCAGUUUUAUUGUUUCUCUUCCCCGUUUUGUUGAACAAGCCUGUCUGUCAGAUUCAUAUCGAGCUAGUCAGUUAGCUUGUAGCAGCUAAAGCCGAAGUAAAACAGGUGGAUGAGAUUAUGCAACGCUCACAGUUUUCAUGUUGACCACAUAACGUUAGGACAGAGAUCAUUAAUGGCAGCUCGGCAACCCUUCACAGACACGGAUACUGCCGAUGAAGCAGUGAGGGCGACGUGUGACGAUGCAACCACAUGCAAACGGUUUGCUACCAGUAAAGGCUACUGGAAGGAUCCAUAUAUCCAGUACUUUGUGAGAUCAGUGGGAGAGAGGAAGGCCCCUGAAAUCAACAGAGGUUACUAUGCCCGUGUUCAAGGGGUCAACCAUCUCCUUGAUGCAUUUAUAAGGAAAACAGAUUGUGACUGUCAAGUAAUCAACCUGGGAGCUGGACUGGACACUACAUUUUGGAGACUAAAGGAUGAAAACCUCAUGCCACGGAAGUUCUUUGAAGUUGACUUUCCUACCAUUGUGGCCAGAAAAAUACACAACAUAAAGACAAAACCACCUCUGUCCAAACCCAUCAUUGAAACCCACUCAACAGACUCCUUACUACUAGAUGCCCACAGCCUUGACUCAGACCGAUACUGUAUCAUUGGAGCAGACCUCAGAGACAUCUCUAGCUUGGAUGAAAAACUGAAGAAGUUCCAGCUCAACCCAGAAUUACCAACGUUGCUCCUGUCUGAGUGUGUGCUGGUCUACAUGACGCCCUCUCAGUCCUCCAGCCUCGUUCACUGGGCAGCAGAGACCUUCCACACUGCCAUGUUCAUCAACUAUGAACAGGUGAACAUGAGUGAUCGGUUCGGCCAGGUGAUGAUCGAGAACCUGCAGCGCCGCCAGUGCACCCUGGCAGGAGUAGAGGUCUGCCAGUCCUUGGACUCUCAGAAGGAGCGCUUUCUGAAGACUGGCUGGGAGCACGCUGAUGCUCUGGACAUGAUGACCAUCUACAGUAUGCUCCCUCAGGAUGAUAUGGCGAGAAUUGAGCGACUGGAGUUCCUGGAUGAGAAGGAGCUUUUGCAACAACUUCUUCAGCACUACAGCAUCUGCUGGGCCAUCAAGGACAAACUCAACCUGGGUCUGUCACAGUUGGCUUUUUGAGUGUGAAAACUGCUCCACUGCUUGGACAUGCUUUACAUGUGUGUUCGCCAAAAUCAACAACAGGAGAAAACGUGUAAAAAGGAGACAUUGGGAAAGAGGAAACCUUUAUUCUCAGUCGUCUGGGAGCUGGUCCGGUUUGGAAAAGUCCCGACAUCAGCGGAAUGCGAUUACAUGUGCAUCCAUGUUGAAGAACUGUGAAGAGUUUUGUCACUACACUGGCAUUGAAUUACCAAGAGCAAAAAAAAAAAAUAGGUUAUGUUUGUUUUAUCCAUUUGCUUACAGGCAGAUUUUGUCUGUGAUUAACAAUCGAUUGAACAAAAAUAUCAUUUCAAAAUCGGCUCACCUGUGCUGGAAAUGAAAGAAUGUCUGAAGCCUGAGCAUUGUCAGAUGUCAUGUAUUCGUCCUUGUCUUGGAUUUUAUGUGCCAUUUUAAUUUUAUUUAUUGUUCAACUGUUACUUCCAGACUCAUUUACUUACAAACACACGUGCAUGUGAUCGCUACUGUCAAACCGCAAGAAAUGCAUUAACACGCAGCUGCCGGUUACCGUGCGUUACAGUCGCCUGUCAGAUCUUUUCUAUUCUUUCCUCUAGUUUUCAAACAGCAAAGAGGACAUGACAGAUUAGUUUGUAAUAGACUAUAUUUGAUGAAUGCUGUGCAAGUGCAGUUGAAUAAAAAU